AUGGCCACACUGUCAGGCUUACUUUCGGGACCAUUGACCUACGGAAUGUCUUAUUUGGAUGGCAGAAACGGUUUACAUGAUUGGCAAUAUCUGUUUAUCGUUGAAGGAGUGCCUACGAUAGUCUUGGCUAUUGUGUCUUACUUCUUUUUAUUCGAUGAUCUGCAAAACGUGAAAUGGCUGUCAACCGAACAAAAAGUGCUACAAGCAAACAGAAUGAUGAUCCAUCAACAAGCAGAUACAAUCCAUAAUGCUAUAUCCAUCCAAACGUUCAAAGAUGUGUUCAUGGAUUGGAAGACUUGGGCGUUUGCAUUUGUAUUUUUGCUGAAUUCCAUCAAUGUUACCAGUAUUACUGUCUUUGCACCAACACUAAUUGAUGGAUUUGGCUUCGAUCCCAAAACUUCUCAAUUGUUAACUGCCCCACCGUGUGCAAUUGCUACAUUGGGUGUGCUGUCUGGAGGAUACUUGGCUGGUCGAUAUAAUCGUCGAUCACCAUUACUAGUAGUUGGGUCCAUUACUAUCGCUAUUGGCUACACUUGCCUGUUGGUUCUUACAAAUAGAUGGGCUUUAUAUAGUACUCUGUUUUUGAUUCCUGCGGGGAUGGGUAUGCAAGCUGCUGCCGCCAUAGGUUGGUCGGCCAUCAAUUACCACGAUCUGAAUGUGAGAGCUGUUGCUGUAGCCUCUGUACUUAUGGUAGGCAAUGUUGGUAGUAUAGUUGCUGCGUAUCUGUUUCGAUCGCAAGAUGCACCUAGAUAUGCAUUUGGAAUGAUAUUUAAUUUGAUUACUGCACUUGUUUCAGCGAUGCUAUCUACUCUGACUGGUUACUUGCUCUACAGAGAGAAUUGUCAUCGCGAUAAACAUCCAAAUGAAACUGCAAGUAUCCCACAAUCAAUUUAG